AGCACUUUCUUUUGCUCCAAAGAAAAAGUCUACACUUAACAAAUUAUUUAGAUUUCAAGAGAAAUGCUGAAUGGAAAUGAUCCAACCUACUCCGAAAAACAUAUCGCAAAAGAAAAUUAUGAAAAUUUACCAGGAAUUACCACUAAUGGUAAAACAGCUUCAGCUCCUCCCCAAGCUCCUCCCGGUUAUUUUGAAUCACAAUUAACUCAUCAACAAGCCGGUAUAAACAAUUUUCAGCAUGCUAAUAAUCCUAACUUUCAAAUUAAUCUGCCUCAACCACCGUGUCCAAUGGAAAUGAAUAACAAUCAAUUUAAACAACUUCGAGCUCCAUAUCCAAUAAAAACUAAUAAUUAUCAAUAUAACCAAUCCCAAACUCCAUAUUCAAUGGGAAUGAACAGUUUUCAGUUUAACCAACCAGAAACUUCAUACUUAGUUGAAGCAAACAAUACUCAGUUUAACCAAUCUCAAGUUCUAUACCCAAUUGGAAUGAUCAACUCUCAAUUUAAUCAUCCUCAGCAUCAACUACAUAAUCCACAGUUGCCAAGCAAUACCAAUAAUACCCAAAUUAGUCAGCCUCAGACAUCUAACAUAAUAAACGUUAAUGUUAAUCAACCCACUAAAGAAAACACUGUUUUUGUUCAACAUCCUCAAAAUCACAUGGGACUCGCUAUAUUUUCGUGUUUAUGCUGCUUUUGUCCUGUUGGAAUAUGUGCUAUUUUCAAAGCUUAUGAGGUCGAUUCAGCAUUUGCUGUGGGUCAGUUUACACGUGCUCAAAAUGCUUCUAAUGCCGCUAGAACCUUAGCAAGAAUAGCGAUUCUUGUGGGAUGUCUGAUCAUUUGUGGGUUUAUUAGUGCUAUGAUAGUAGCUGUAGUAAAGUUUAAAUAGUUUCAAAGUUCGAACAGGUUUUUAUUAAUAUAAAGUUUAUAAAAUUAUUAAUAUAAAGUUUAUAAGUUAAAUAUAAUAAUUUAUAAAGACGUAAAAAAUGUAAAUAAAAAUUUGUGAAGGAUUUUAUUUAUCUUGUUUAUAUCCUUAUUUAUAAUUCAGGAUAAA